AUGGUGCGUCUAACAGUGGAGCUAAUCACAAAAAGCAGCAAUCAAGCAAGGAAUCGAAAGGAUGAAUCCCUCCCUCAUGUCUUGAAGAAGAUAACUCAUUUGAAUUUUUCAAAUAAAAAUAUCGAUGACAUAGAUGAUCUUUCCAUGUGCAGAAACCUCACUGUGUUAUAUCUAUAUGACAACCGCAUUAGUCAGAUUAGAAAUCUGGGAUUUGCAUCAAAUCUGACCCACCUGUACCUGCAGAAUAAUUGUAUUUCCUGCAUUGAAAAUCUAACAGGGUUGAAGAAACUAGAAAAACUAUACCUAGGAGGCAAUUAUCUAACAGUUGUUGAAGGGUUAGAAGGUCUUGAACUAAGAGAGCUGCAUGUUGAAAGUCAAAGACUUCCUCCAGGAGAAAGGCUGUUGUUUGACCCAAGAACCCUUCAUUCCCUGGGGAAGUCUCUUUCAGUGUUGAAUAUCAGCAAUAACAACAUCGAUGAACUUCAUGAUUUAGCAGUUCUGGAGAAUAUAACACAGUUUAUGGCUGUUGAUAACCAUCUUAAAGAAAUGAAGGAUUUGGAAUUUGUAUUGAGCAAAUGGCCAAAGCUAUGGAGAAUGGAUCUUUCUGGAAAUCCAGUUUGUCAGAAACCAAAAUACAGAGACAAAGUUAUAGUCGUUGCAAAGACCUUGGAAAUUCUUGAUGGAAAAGAAAUUAAGGAGAUGGCCAGACAAUUCUUAGUAAAAUGGAAAGCAUCUAAGGAUGCCAAAAUGAAAAACAAAGAAGAGAACAUAAUAGGGCAAACAGUCUACCCACAGACAUAUCAUUUUGAUCAUCCGUUUGCUCUUCUGCCAGUUCUGCACGAGACCGAAAAAUAUAGAGUAACACCAAAGUACAUCCUGAUGGCUCAGACUCGGAGUGGAAAUAAACAAGAUCACCUGCAAGUGACAGGGGGAUAUAACAUUCAUGAAAAUAUUAGACAAUUAGCCAUAAAGGAUUCGGAAAGCUUAGUGUCUGGACAAGAUGUCUUUAAGCCGCACCUGCUUGGUGAAAUAGUGCCCUGAGUUCAAAAGAAAGUGUUCAUCGUAAUUCAUCAUCUCCUGUAUUAAACAUGCAAUAUGCCGAGCAAAUGCAGCCAGCUAACUCACUGCUGCUCUGUUAGUCAAGCACGCUAUUUAAUCCAAUACUGCAGUUUAUUUUUUAUAAAACCCAGUUUUUGUUUCUUUUUUUUUAAAUAGACAUUUAUUUUAAAGCAUCACCCCAGCCUGUGCAGUAAUGCUGUAUACUGUACAAUUAUUAAAUAGUGUAUAUGUAGUUUUAAAAAAUGUCAUUGCAUUUAAAUAAAAUAAAAAACAUUUGCUGAAA